AUGCGUUUCAUCUUCGUGCUCUCCGCUUUAUUCCUCCUUGCUUCGGCGACUUCUGUUCGCGAUAAGAGACAAUGCGGUUGCACACAGCAGCCGACGUGCUCCUGCCAGCAAUCCACUCCGCAGAAGUAUACAUGCAGCUGCACGCAACAGUCUCCGAAGUCUACCUGCUCAUGCUCCAAGCAACUCGUCCAAGUUCAGGCUACACAAUGUGCUCCAGCUUGCCAGCAGAGUUGCAAUCAGCAAUGCCAAUCGAACACACAAUGCCAAGCGACUUGCCAAGCGACAUGCCAAUCAUCGGUCACCAUCUCUCUUCCAAUACCCUGA